AUGACGGAUGAACCUGAAAGUAGUAGGCAGAAAGAGGUCAACAGUAAAAUUGACAAUCAAGUUGCUCCGGAUGGCAAGGAUGAUGUUGUCGAUGGGAAAGAAGAAGGGUUAGCUUCCCAAACCUAUGAUAGUUUACGAAUGCUUACUAAGGUUGAUGUUUUGCAAAUGAAAUUCAAUUCAGAGGAGGAUGCUUAUUCUUUCUACAAUGCAUACGCUAGGGUCAUCGGUUUUAGCGUACGAAGAAGUAGGAAACGAAUUUGUGGAGACAACAAAUUUGGGUUUGUUCAAGGGAAGGCGUUUGUAACAAGUGCAGACAAAGCUCAAGCAAAGGCCAUGCGCAAUGUGGGUAUGAGAACGAGUCAAAUCAUGGAUUUUAUGGUCCAUCAAUCAGGGGGUUAUGAGAAGGUGAACUUUAUUCACAGAGAUUUGCACAACCAGUUCCAAGCUGAGCGCAAAGUACAACUCGCAGAAGGGGAUGUAGAGGGUGCCUUAGGAUACUUAUCAGCUAAACUAGAUGCAGAUCCAUUAAUUUUUUUCAAGUACAACGUCGAUAAGGAUAACCGGUUGGACAAGAUUUUCUGGGUAGAUGGUAGGUCUCGGAUGGACUAUGCUGCAUUUGCUGAUGUAUUGGUAUUUGAUACAACUUAUCGUACAAAUCAGUAUAAGAAGCCAUUUGUGAUUCUAGCUGGCAUGAGUAACCAUUUUAUGACAAUCAUAUUUGGAUGUGCUUUGUUGCCUGAUGAGACAAUGGAGACAUACACGUGGGUGUUGGAAACGUUAAUGGAGGCCAUGGAUGGACAAAGACCCAUCUCUGUUGUAACAGAUGGUGAUAGGGCAAUGUGUCAGGCAAUCGAAAGAGUUAUUCCAAAUUGCAGACAUCGUUUAUGUUCUUGGCAUCUGGAGAAAAAUGCCUCAACAAAUGUCCACUAUAGCGACCCCGAUCUUUUCCCACUUGAUUAUUGUAUCCGGACUUAG